AUGACAAAGCUUAUCUUUUCAUUCCACACACACUUUCGUCUCUUCGUCAUCCCCAAAACCCACCUCCGAUUCAGGACUAUAACCUCUAAACCAACCCAUCAACACGACCUACAACUCCCCGAAAUCGAUCGAACCAUAGACUCAAUCCGCUCCAUCUCAUCAAAUCCUUAUUUUUCCCUUCUGGUUCUCUGCAAAAACAUAUAUUCUCUUAAGAAAAUCCACGCUUUGUUCAUUGUCCACGGCCUAACCAAUGACCUCCUUUGCCAGACCAAAUUAGUUGGUUUGUAUGGUUUAUAUGGGCACAUCGGAAAUGCACGUUUGGUGUUCGAUCAAAUACAAAACCCCGAUUUUUUCACUUGUAAAGUGAUGAUCAGAUGGUAUUUUAUGAAUGAUUUGUACUCGGAAGUUGUUGAGUUUUGUAACCGUAUGAAGAAAUGCCUAAGAGAGUAUGAUAAUGUUGUUUCUUCUAUUGUAUUGAAGGCAUGUAGUGAAUUGCGUGAUAUUGAUGAAGGGAAGAGCGUGCAUUGCCAGAUUAUUAAGGUGGGAAGUCCAGACAGUAUUGUGUUGACGGGGCUUAUGGAUAUGUAUGCCAAGUGUGGAGACGUUGAGUCUUCUCGUCAAGUUUUUGAUGGAAUUAGAGAUAGAAAUGUAAUUUGUUGGACUUCAAUGAUUGUUGGGUUUGUACAGAAUGAUUGUGCUGAAGAAGGGUUGGUGUUGUUUAAUCGGAUGAGAGAUGGGUUGGUUCAAGGUAAUGAAUACACUUUUGGAAGUGUAGUCACGGCGUGUACAAAGUUAGGAGCUUUACAUCAGGGCAAGUGGGUUCAUGGGUAUGUCAUUAAGAAUGGAAUAGAUGUUAAUUCCCACUUGGUUACAGCUCUCCUGGACAUGUAUGUCAAGUGUGGAGCCAUUAGAGAUGCUCGUUCCAUAUUUGACGAGCUUUGUAGCAUUGAUCUUGUCUCAUGGACAGCUAUGAUUGUCGGGUACACUCAGAAUGGCCACCCAGAUGAGGCAUUGAAGUUGUUUACAGAUCAGGAAUGGGCAGGUUUUUUUCCGAAUUCGAUCACCAUAACAAGUGUUCUUUCAGCAUGCGCACAGUUAGGGAAUUUGAAAUUUGGUAAGUCAGUUCAGUGUCUGGGGAUUAAGCUUGGGCUAGAGGAUGCUAGUAUAACAAAUGCUCUUAUCGACAUCUAUUCGAAAUGUCAUAUGAUAGGAGAUGCUCGUUACUUGUUUGAUACAGUUUCAGAAAUGGAUGUGAUUGCUUGGAACUCAAUAAUUUCUGGGUAUUCUCUAAAUGGGUCAGCAUAUGAGGCUCUGACAUUGUUUCACCGGAUGACAGAAUAUUUGUGGCCGGAUUCAACCACACUGGUGAAUGUGCUCUCAGCUUGCACUUCCCUUGAUGCUCUACAAUUUGGUUCUUCUCUUCAUGCUUAUGCUAUUAAAGGUGGUCUGUCAUCAUGUAAUGUCUAUGUUGGCACUUCUCUUCUAAACUUCUAUGCCAAAUGUGGUGAUGUUCAAUCUGCUCGUAAAGUUUUUGAUGGCAUGGGAGAGAAGAACACAAUCACGUGGAAUGCAAUGAUCGGUGGUUAUGGAAUGCAAGGGGAUUGUAGUGGUUCUCUUGAACUUUUUAAUGAGAUGAUGAAGGAAGAAUUGGAACCCAAUGAUGCAACUUUCAUCGCUAUUUUAUCUGCUUGUAGCCAUACGGGGAUGGUUAGUGAAGGGUGGAAGAAUUUUGAUUCAAUGUGUCGUGAAUAUAAUUUCAUUCCCUCAGUGAAGCAUUAUGUCUGUAUAGUUGACUUGUUGGCUCGUGCUAGCAGGCUUGAGGAGGCCUUGGAUUUUAUGGAAGCAAUGCCUAUUCAGGCUGAUGUUAGUGUGUAUGGAGCUUUUCUCCAUGGAUGCAGUCUUCAUUCGAGGUUUGACUUAGGAGAGGUGGCGAUAAGAAGAAUGAUAGGGUUGCAUCCAGAUGAUGCAUCUUACUAUGUGCGUAUAGCACAAUUGUAUGCUUCAGAUGGAAGAUGGAACCAGGUUUAUCAGGUUAGGGAGUUGAUGAAGAGGAGUGGUUUGAGGAAGUUAGCUGCGUAUAGCCAAGUGGAAAUGGAUAUUGAAGGUUUUCAUCCAACUUACCGUGUUAGUUCUGGUGGGAACUUGCAUCAGACUGAUGCAGGGAAGCUUCCUUUUGAUAUGUCUUGGAUUACGCUAGCAAAAGUUGGUCUGGGAUGCUUUGAGAUGUCUUGGCAAACAUGA